AUGAUACGGCAAAAUACGCCUUCAGCCUAUUACAGCUUAUUCCUAUGGUGCAUUCUCGGUCUGGAUUCUAGAGUUUGCUCAUCGGAUGAAGUGCCGUGUCCACUAUCGAUUCUGAUUCCGUUUCAUGAUGAUCGAGUUAUAGACAGCAGUACAAUCAUUUCUAUAGACGACAAUCGUCGUGAUGGCUUGGGGCUACUCGCAUCGGCACUUCUUGCAAUAAACGACUUCAACAGUCGAGAAUCAAUAUUGGCACCUGACGCUCUGAAAGGGAUCCAAGAUUCCUGUGCAAUAUAUUUCCCUCCUCCAAUAAUCACAGACAGCAGGCAGUCGGCAACAGCCGUCAAAUCCGCAGAAUCCUCUUGGAUUCCAGCAGAGAAUAGCACAUGCUCAUAUGUUAUUGGUCCAUAUAAUAACUUGGUAGCGGAAGUAGUGGGUCAAACAGUAAAGGCAAACGGGACGAUAGCGAUAUCGUAUGGGGCAAAUGCCGACGAACUGGCGGAUGAUUCUUCGACGUAUCCAAACCUGGCACUGGGCAACAUCAAGUGGGAAGAUUAUGUCCGUUCACUACUUCAGUAUGUUAGAUGGAGUGGCUGGAGUGACGUUGGAGUAUUGUUAACACCUGAAGACAACCUUGACUUCAACAAUACCGAUUUUGUUCCAAUGUGGACGAAUGCCAGCGAGGAGAUUGGGGUCGAAAUUGAAUCACUUUCGCGGAUUGCGUAUAGAUCAAAAAGCGUCUUGGAAGAGCGGCUGCAAAAUCUCAGAGACACAAGGGGUGUAAGGACAAUUCUGGUAACGCUUCAUCGCGACGACGAGCUUGAAGUAUUGGCGGAGGUGGCUGACGAACUGGGCAUGUUGACCGAGGAGUACACAUGGAUCAUGACCGAGCAUUUCCUUUCCUCGCGAUAUGUUGAGAGUUAUCAUGUGUCGACUUCAUCACCGAUUGUGAAGCUUUUCCAACGGACUGAGAUUUUCGAAAUGCUGGAUGGAUUCUCGCCGUUUGUGGUGAACAACGAAGUCAAUGCCUCGGAGCUGCUCCGAACAGAUUUGCUAUCGCAGGGCGCCAUGCUUCUGGAAAGCAUGCAAUCCAUUAUGAACGAAACAGGGGCAUUUGAUGGGCUUGUUGUGGAUCAGACGGUUUUGGAGGAAGCUUUUUUCUUGAAUGCGCCUGCGAAUGGAGCAUCAUUGUUGUACGACACAAUUUUGGCCGCUGGAUUAUCAGCCUGUAGUGGCGAAGUCGAUAUGGAGAGUUUAUUGGAGACUGAGUUCGACGGGGUAUCUGGCAAGUUUGCGUUCCGGACGGAUUCCCGCAGCUUGUCGGCCUCUGAAACCCAAUUUGGAGUCUUUUCAAUCUCCGUGACAACAGACUCAAGUUCGGGCAGACGAAACAGGCGAAACUCAGCUAUGGCCACAUUCAAAACGAAACUGAUACAUCGAAUGGUUGGCGGGCUUGUGGACUUGAAACCUGCUGUUGGCGAUUUUCAUACUUUGUCAUUUGGGGCCCGCUUGUAUGGACUCAUUUUAGGAGGUUUGGCAAUACUAUGUUCAGUCAUAUGCGGCAUAUUUGUAUACAAGUUCAGAAACGAUCGAAUUGUUAAAAUUGGACAGCCAGAAUUUCUCGGAUUGGUCUGUGCUGGGGCCUUCUUGGUGGCAAUUCCAGUUGUCUUGCGGCCGUUUGACGAGGGUAGUGGGUUGAGUUCUCUUUCUUUGAGUGUCUCGUGCACAAGUCAAAUGUGGCUAAAAUACUUGGGAAUUCUGAUCGUCAAUAUGGCUCUUUUUUCAAAGUUGUAUCGAGUUGAGAAAGUGACCCAAAUGAGAAGGCGUCAGCGAAUACAAGUAAAAGAUGUCAUCAAACCAUUCUGUGGCCUAUUUGGAACUGCGUUUGUACUUCUCAUCGUAUGGACUGCAGUAGACGCGCCAGUUUGGAAGACAGAAUCUGGAAUUGGAUUUUGUGACGAGGCUCUCUAUUUCGGAGUUGCAAUGGAUAUCCUUAUGAUUAUUGCAAUUUCACUUACGUUAUGGUGGGCUGAAAAGACAAGCAACUUGCCAGAGGACAUAUCUGAUUCCAUGCGGGUGUACUUUACCCUCGUGGCGCAAUUCAUUAUACUUAUGAUGGACAUUCUUCUCUCUGUUUUUACGCGUGCGGUUGAAGACAACAACUUUGCCUACGUUGUCGAAGCAACUUUUUCUGGGGCUUUAUCCUUCACAUGCGUCGUCUAUUUGAUUGGGCCAAAGAUGUACUGGGUUCAUCACAAGGAAAAGACGGGAGAACUACCUCCCAGCUUGCAACGUGGUACGGUCACUGUAACUGGUAUUGCAGUGCCCACUGGAACGGCGGGAGGCAUUACCGGAGCCAGUCGCUACAAGUCGAACCGUGCCUCCUCUCGUGCUUUGAGGGCAAGCAAUCAUAGCCAUCAUUUGAGAUCUUCUGCUUCGGUACACUUCCCAUCCAUAAUUUCAGAGGGACCGUCGAGUUUUACUCGUUCGAGUGCCGAGCAUUCGCCAAUGGAGUGUUCACCCGGGCCACCGGCCGCGCCUCAUCAAAUACAAAGUCCUCGUCCAAGAAGUUCCGUGGACAUGGCUGGCUUAUACUCCAUUUCAUCUGGUGAGCUUGAAUCUGGGCUUGAAUCUGACACUGAUGAUCAACAACAAGAAAAAUAG